GAUUCAUAAUCCACCCUUAUCACUAAUUUUCAUGGGGCUCUCUCCCAGCGAUCAUGUCCUCCUCUUUCCUUUUCCGGCCAAAGGCCACAUCAAGCCAUUCCUCUGUCUCGCCCACCUCCUCUGUAACGCCGGUCUCCGAGUCACCUUUCUCAGCACCGACCACCACCACCAGAAACUCCACAAUCUCACCCACCUGGCCACCGCCCAAAUUUCCUCCCUUCAUUUCCAAUCCAUUUCCGACGGCCUCCCCCCGGACCAUCCCCGAAAUGUUCUCGACGGCCAGCUCUCUAAAUCAAUGCCCCUAGUCACCAAACCCCUCUUCCGAGAACUUCUCCUCUCCUACAAGAAUGGAACAUCCCCCAUCACUUGUGUUAUUACGGAUCUCAUUUUUCGUUUUCCAAUGGAUGUUGCUCAAGAAUUGGGUAUCCCUGUUUUUUGUUUCUCUACUUUCAGUGCUCGUUUCCUGUUUCUUUACUUCUCCAUUCCCAAGCUUGUUGAAGAUGGACAGAUUCCAUACCCAGAGGGAAAUUCAAACCAAGCACUCCACGGCAUUCCUGGCGGAGAAGGGCUAUUUAGAUGUAAGGAUUUACCAGGAUAUUGGUCAGUUGAAGCUGUAGCCAACUACAACCCAAUGAACUUCGUGAACCAAACAUUAGCCACAACCAAAUCUCAUGGUCUAAUACUCAACACAUUUGACGAACUCGAAGCUCCAUUUAUAACAAACCUUUCAAAGAUAUAUAAGAAAGUUUACACAAUUGGACCAAUUCACUCUCUGUUAAAAAAGUCUGUCCAAACCCAAUACGAAUUUUGGAAAGAAGAUCACAGCUGCUUAGCAUGGCUCGACUCACAGCCCCCAAGAUCCGUGAUGUUCGUCAGCUUCGGAAGCAUAGUCAAGCUAAAAAGCUCUCAGUUGAAGGAGUUCUGGAAUGGGUUAGUAAACAGUGGAAAGGCAUUUCUGUUGGUGUUGAGAUCAGAUGCGUUAACGGAAGAAACAGGGGAAGAAGACGAGAAACAGAAAGAAUUGGUAAUUAAGGAAAUUAUGGAAACAAAGGACGAAGGAAGAUGGGUUAUUGUGAAUUGGGCUCCACAAGAAAAGGUUUUGAGGCAUGAAGCCAUUGGUGGGUUCUUGACACAUUCAGGAUGGAACUCAACAUUGGAGAGUGUCGCUGUUGGGGUUCCCAUGGUGUGUUGGCCGCAAAUUGGAGACCAACCCAGUAACGCUACAUGGCUGAGUAAGGUAUGGAAAAUUGGGGUUGAAAUGGAGGAUUCGCACGAUCGGUGUACGGUUGAGAGCAGGGUUAGGAGUAUCAUGGAACAUGAAGAUAAGAAAAUGGAGAAUGCCAUUGUGGAGUUGGCGAAAAGAGCCGAUGAUAGAGUUAGUAAAGAGGGGACGUCCUGUCGAAAUUUACAACGUUUGAUCGAAGAUAUUAAAGGAUUUAAACUAAAUUAAAAUUAUAACCCAAUAACUAUGGGGAAAAAGAACAAAUGGGAAUUUUAUCGUUGAAUUUCUAAUGUGUA